AUGAGUGGAGGCGUUAAAGCAGUUGUAUCACUCGCGUUUGCCGGCGUUGUUGGUCUUACGUUACUCGUACUGGGAUGUGCCCUGCCAAUGUUUGGAAAUUGGUGGCCAAUGUUUGUGGUGGUGUUUUAUAUUUUAUCACCGAUUCCACUGGUAAUCGCACAGAGAUAUCGUGAAGAUAUGAGCGGUACAUCGGCUUGCGUUGAAUUUGCGUUAUUCGCCACCACUGGUAUCGUUGUGUCGGCAUUCGCGCUUCCAAUGGUUUUGGCUCAUGCAGAUGUGAUCAGAUGGCUGGCAUGUUUUAGUGUGAAUCUUGGCUCUGUGGUGAUGUUUUUAACAAUUCUAAGUUAUUUCUAUUUGCAUGCGGAUGAAGAUGGAACUUUUGCUCAACCGUUGUUUUAA